UCUAUAUAAAGAGAGCCAUCUCCUAUUCUCCUAUCCUCCUCCUCACUAAAUCAAACAAAGAAAGCUUACUUAUAACAAAAGGAAGAGAAAAAUCAUGGAGGGAUCCAAGAGUUGUUGCCCACCCGGUGAAGCUACCAGCAAAGCAUGCUGCAAGUGCGGCCCAGGAUGGACUUGUGUGAUAAGAAAAAUUGAAGAUGCUCAACCUGAAGCCAAGCCUUUCACCAAUUGCGCUGAAGGCUGUGUCUGCAUCACGGAUGCGUCUAAGAAAGUGGAGACAGAAGGAGGAUUUUGUGUGUGUGGGGAAGGGUAUGCUUGUACUUUCACCAAAACUGAAGGCCCAUAUGCUGGAAAAGUCUUCUUUGAGUGUGGCAAUGGUUGUAGGUGUGAGGUUUCUGGCUCUGGUAAUGAGGUUAUUGUCCUUAAGGAUAACUAAAUGCUUGUGUAAGGGUUAUCGAGCUAGUAGUUUCAACAUUAUGAGAGCCACUAAUUUUUUUUAAGUAUUGUGUGAAUUGUAAUUUCCUUAAAUAAGCCUUCUAGUCAAUAAUAGGUGUAAGUUGUAAUAGUGUAUGAAACUAUUGUGGUAAUAUAAUGUUAUAUGUUGUUGCUUGUUAA